AUGCAAUAGUAAAAAAGUCCCAAAGGUCAUUUACGCCAUUAUUAAUAUAUAAAUGGCAGGCUCUUGCUCAGAGUUCGAUUUGCUUACUAACUUAAGCUCAGUGCUCAAAGGAUCUCUUGCUUUCUUUUAGAACACAGAAAUGGAUAUUACACCGAAAAUCCAUCAUUUCGAUGACGUUGUAAAGCACAAGGAUAGACAUGAUUGCUGGCUUCUAAUCCAUGGCCAGGUUUUCGAUGUAACGAAUUUUCUGGAAGAGCACCCAGGAGGAGACGAAGUGUUAUUAGCAGCUACAGAGAAAGACGCAACGGAUGAUUUCCAAGAUGUUGGACACAGCAAAGACGCAAAAGAACUGAUGAAGAAAUAUUACAUAGGCGAUAUUGAACCGAAGAGCGUUCCAGCUUCGGGAAGGAAAUACCGUCCUCCAACACAUUUACCUACGAAACCAAGAUACAAUCCGUUGGUGGUGAGGCUCUUUCAACUUCUGUUACCUCUUCUCAUUCUAGGCGCUGCAUUUGCUUUGAGAUCCGCCGUCAAAAAGGAUUAAUGUCAGUUCGCAUUUUUGCUGAUUUGGGGUAGAGCGGAGCUCUCUGUUUCUCUAAUUAAACAAGGGUUUCUACUUUCAAUUGUGUUUUCAUUUUUGUCGGAUUGUAUCUCUUUUGUUUCUAUUUUGUAAUAAUAAAAGGCUCCCUCUUUCAUAUCA